AUGUAUUUCUCAUCUCCUCAAGUUGAAUCUAGAAUCGAAUUCACACCUAUUCCUCAAAAUGAUAAUGAUCAAACGUUGAAUAAUAACAACAAUCGUGGUCACGUUCCUGUCAAUAAUAUUACUAAUCGGCAUAUUGUAAUCAAGCCUAUUGAAGAGCCUUUUGAUUGGGAUUUCUUAGUUAUAAUGUUACGUUUGGCCUUGGUUGGAACAUUACUCGUUGGUGUUUCCUUACGAGAAACAAGAAUAGACAAACCAAAAACAAUUUUAUAUCCACCAAGAAUCUUCAUCGACAAGCUUCACAUUCCUGAAAUCAAAAUCAUUGAUGGUGAAUUAUCGGCUAUAUGGGAAAUAACGUUAACUAUAUCUAACGUUAUGAACGCGUCGAUAAACAUAGAAAAACUCGAAACUAAGAUAAGUUACAAGGAAGAUGACAUAUUGGCAUGUAAAACUCCAAUAGAGCCACAAUAUAAAUUACCUAGCCCGGGUUUGCCUUUGAUAGGGAAAGAUUCGAAGAAGGUGCAUUUUAAAUUGAAUACAACAGGUUGGGAUAAGGAUCAACCAAUUGUGGAUGAUAGUGUGAUUCAAUCUAUUGAACAAGAUAUGCAAAAAGGUGUUACUAGGUUUAGUUUGCAUAUGAUGGUUGUGGGAGAAGUUGAAUCUAGUGAUGGAUGGGUAAUACCUUUUGGUAUGUUCCCAAUAUGCAAUACUUUGGGAGUUAAAUUUGAAAGGGAUGAUCACAAAGGUGAGACAGGUACAAUGAUUGUUUCCAAGCCUAUAGAGUGUUUAGGUAUGGUUGAAUGGGAAGAAGAAAGAAUGGCGAUUAAUAAUAGGGAUGAGUGA